AUGAGCCCUAUCGCCACACCGACCGUUGGAGAACGGGUACGUCGAAGAAGAAAACCCACCGGUGGAGGAAUUCUAUCGCUUGUUAAGCGUAAAAAAGCGAACCUUCGAGAACGGAACCGGAUGCAUGGGCUAAACGAUGCGCUCGAUCGUUUGCGGAUGUGUGUACCACUGCCGGCGAGUGUGACAACUGCAGCGAUCCGGUCGAACAGUGUGGAUCACCAUCAGCAGCAGCAGCAGCAGCACGGUGGAGCACCAGCAGCCGGUACAACAACGCUGCAGAAGCUUUCCAAAAUCGAUACACUACGAUUGGCACAAAACUACAUCCUGGUACUUCUGGAGGUGUUGCACACGGGACGUGGCUUCAAGUACGAGCGGUUGGUGGCCACUUUGGCAAACCGUUUGAGUCAGAAUACGGCCAAUCUGCUUCGAACAAAGCUUUCGCUUGAUCAGCAAUUACAAGCCGGACUGCUGGACGGAUGUAACGAACAUCAGGAGGAUGGAUUCUGUUCCACAGCUUCGGAUAACCAUGGACAGCUGGUUUCGUGCUGCUUCUGUUCACACGGUACAGUGUCAUGGUCGAACGAGAACGGAUCAUUCAGACGAGCCACCAAUCACAACCAGUGGAUGGCAGCAACUGGUUACGAUUGUACCUUCUGUGGUUACGGCAACGAGGAAGACACACAACCACCAACAUGUCACCAUCACUACUCACCGAAUCUGCAUGCUCCUCGUGAAGAAUUGUUCGAUUUUUGA